GUAGCCCCCACGAACACACUGAGGCGCACCAACACCGUGAGACACAAACGGAGAUAACUGGCGUGCCUGCAAUGUGCUGCAGUUCCUUGGCUGUGCUGUGCAGGUCAUUCAGGGGGUGUCAUGCGGACGCAGUAAUAAAGGGAGCGUGCCGGGAUGUGAGCGGCUCAGAUCUCAGGAGAGGCUUUGGAUAGCAGCUCCAGCUGUUCCACAGAACUCAAAGACACCAUGGCAGCACACAGACUCUGCUGGGCAGCGGUGAUUCUGCUCUGCAGCGGGAGGGUCCCCCUGUCCUGGGGGACUGAGGAGCCCAGCUCUGGAACCUGCCCUGAUGUGCGCAUCGUGGGGCUCAGUGGCUCGGACCGGCUGGCUGUCCUGCAAGGCUGUCCUGGGACCCCUGGAGCUCCAGGGGGGCCAGGCGCCCCCGGCAGGAUUGGAGAGCAGGGGCCCCCUGGGUCCAAAGGCAGCAAAGGGGAAGAGGGGAAGGUUGGGAAACCGGGGCCUGCUGGUUCCCACGGCAAGCCAGGUGCGACGGGAGAGAAGGGAGAACCAGGAGAAGCCCUGGACGAGUCUUUCUUCUGCUCAACAGGUCCGCGGAGCUGCAAGGAGCUGCUAGAGAAAGGCCAUGUCCUGAGUGGCUGGUUCACCCUCUACACAGAGGACUGCAGGAAGCUCACUGUGUUCUGUGACAUGGACACGGAUGGGGGGGGCUGGCUGGUCUUCCAGAAACGUCUGGACGGCUCCGUGGAUUUCUACCGGGACUGGAAAGUUUACCGGGAAGGAUUCGGGAACCAGCUGUCGGAAUUCUGGCUGGGAAAUGACAACAUCCACCUGCUGACCAAGACAGGCUCUCACGAGCUUCGGAUAGACCUCAAGGACUUUGAGGACAAGUCUGUCUACGCCAAAUACAGCUCCUUCCAGGUCCUGGAUGAAUCACACAACUACAGGCUGCUGCUGGGGGCCUUCGUGGAAGGAGACGCAGGAGACUCUUUCUCUUCCCACUCUAACAUGAGCUUCACCACGAAGGACCGCGAUCACGACAAAUCAGAGUCCAGCAACUGUGCCGUGUCGUACAUGGGCGCCUGGUGGUACAACGAGUGCCACUGGUCCAACCUCAACGGGCGCUACCUGAAGGGGGUGCAUGAGGCCAUUGCCAAGGGCAUCAACUGGAAGACGGGCAAGGGGUACAAAUACUCAUACCGCUACAGUGACAUGAAGAUCCGACCCACCUGAGCGCCCAGACCCAUCCUCUCCCAUCACCUGCACCCAUACCCAGCCUCUCCCAUCACCUGAGCGCUCUGACCCAUCCUCUCCCAUCACCUGAGCGCCCGGACCCAUCCUCUCCCAUCACCUGAGCGCCCGGACCCAUCCUCUCCCAUCACCUGAGCGCCUGGACCCAUCCUCUCCCAUCACCUGAGCGCCCCGACCCAGCCUCUCCCAUCACCUGAGCGCCUGGACCCAUCCUCUCCCAUCACCUGAGCGCCCGGACCCAUCCUCUCCCAUCACCUGAGCGCCCGGACCCAUCCUCUCCCAUCACCUGAGCGCCCGGACUCAUCCUCUCCCAUCACCUGAGCGCCCGGACCCAUCCUCUCCCAUCACCUGAGCGCCCGGACCCAUCCUCUCCCAUCACCUGAGCGCCCGGACCCAUCCUCUCCCAUCACCUGAGCGCCCGGACCCAUCCUCUCCCAUCACCUGAGCGCCCGGACCCAUCCUCUCCCAUCACCUGAGCACCCGGACCCAUCCUCUCCCAUCACCUGAGCGCCCGGACCCAUCCUCUCCCAUCACCUGAGCGCCUGGACACAUCCUCUCCCAUCACCUGAGCGCCCGGACCCAUCCUCUCCCAUCACCUGAGCACCCGGACCCAUCCUCUCCCAUCACCUGAGCGCCCCGGACCCAUCCUCUCCCAUCACCUGAGCACCCGGACCCAUCCUCUCCCAUCACCUGAGCGCCCGGACCCAUCCUCUCCCAUCACCUGAGCGCCCGGACCCAUCCUCUCCCAUCACCUGAGCGCCCGGACCCAUCCUCUCCCAUCACCUGAGCGCCCCGACCCAGCCUCUCCCAUCACCUGAGCGCCCGGACCCAGCCUCUCCCAUCACCUGAGCGCCCUCAGCUUGAGUCUCAUACGUGAUUGCUUUAUAUGAUCACAGUAUAUAUAGAUAGAUAGAUAUGUAUAUUAUUCUCCUAUGUGUAAGACAUCAUUUUCAUCUGUUCUGUAUCAAAUCAUUUUGCCAUGUAAUGGAAGUCAGUUACAAUAAAAAUGCAAUUGUA